AUGGAUAUCUCCAUAAAAAACGAAAAACAUUUUGAAUCAUUAAAUCAAGGAAAAGAUAUUUCUUUGAUUCGAAACUUAGCAUUCCAAUCCAUCAAUCAGAUCUCAUUACUUUGGAAAAUGUGUGGACCUUUACGUAUUUUGAACGAUACAUUGCCAAUUAUGUCAGACUCCAAAUCAAAAAUAUCACCUACAUUUGAACUAUUUGAAAAAAUUGAUCAAAACUCUACAAUGUUUGCCGAUCAUAUAGUAAAAAGUAAGGUAUUCAUUUGGGAAAGCAACAUAAUAUGUUCGACAAAAGACUUGAUGCUAAACGUCAAAACAAAAGAAAAUAAAAGCAUAUCAUUAAACAAUUUGGAGCCAGAAGCACCAACUAAAGAGAAUGUAGAUAAAGAUGACCAAGUGUCUGAUACUCCCACUAAGAAGAAUGUAAAUAUCUUUAUAGAUCUCAACUCUUACCCCAAUUCAAAGCAAAUGCAAGAUGAAGGCUACACAUUUUUUUGGGAUGAAUCAUUACAUGUUCCCAAAGAUGGAAAAGUGUCUGAUACUCCCAUUAAAGAGGAUGUAAAUAUUAAUUUAGAUCCCAACUCUUACCCCGAUUCUAAGCAAAUGCAAGAUGAAGGCUACACAUUUUUUUGGGAUGAAUCAUUACAUGUUCCCAAAGAUGACCAAGUGUCUGAUACUCCCAUUAAAGAGGCUGUAAAUAUUAAUUUAAAUCCCAACUCUUACCCCUAUUCUAAGCAAAUUCAAGAUGAAGGCUACACAUUUUUUUGGGAUGAAUCAUUACAUGUUCCCAAAAAUGAAAAAGUGCCUGAUGCUUCCACUAAGAAGAAUGUAAAUAUCUUUAUAGAUGCCAACUCUUACCCCGAUUCAAAGCUAAUGCGAGAUGAAGGCUACACAUUUUUUUGGGAUGAAUCAUUACGUGUUCCCAAAGAUGACCAAGUGUCUGAUACUCCCAUUAAAGAGGCUGUAAAUAUUAAUUUAGAUCCCAACUCUUACCCCGAUUCUAAGCAAAUGCAAGAUGAAGGAUACAUAUUUUCUUGGGAUGAAUCAUUACAUAUUCCCAAAGAUGGAAAAGUGCCUGAUGCUUCCACUAAGAAGAAUGUAAAUAUCUUUAUAGAUGCCAACUCUUACCCCGAUUCAAAGCAAAUGCGAGAUGAAGGCUUUACAUUUUUUUGGGAUGAAUCAUUACAUGUUCCCAAAGAUGGAAAAGUGUCUGAUACUCCCAUUAAAGAAAUGAUGCUAAACGUUAAAACAAAAGAAAAUAAAAGCAUAUCAUUAAACAAUUUGGAUCCAGAAGCACCAACUAAUGAGAAUGUUGUCAAUUAUGACCAAGUGUCUGAUACUCCCAUUGAAAANUUAUGA